CCAGCUACCUCCCCGCGCAUCUGCCCCAACACCCACUCCGCCCACUCUUCUCAGCUCUCACUCACCGAGAGAGCAAAGCCACACAAAUCCUUUCCGUUCACUGUGCCGCCCUCGCUCUCUCACCAAUAAUCCAUCCACCACCACCGCUCCGCGGCGGAACCUGUUUCUCCGGCGAUGUGCGGCGGCGCCAUCCUCUCCAGCCUCAUCCGGCCGUCGACUGCCGCGGCGGCGGCCGAGAAGCAGCCGCGGCGGGUCACGGCCGACGUGCUGUGGCCAGGGCGCGGCAGGAAGGCGCUCAAGGAUGGGGAGGACUUCGAGGCGGACUUCCGCAAGUUCGAGCGGGGCCUGAGCGAGGACGACGCGGAUGGCGGCGGCGGCGACGAUGACGACGUGGUCGAGGAGGUCCCGCCGCCACCGGCGAGGUUCGUCUUCGGAGCCGCGACCAAGGCGGCGCCGGGGGUUGCACGCCCCAUCGUAGAUGGUGUGAUUACUCCAAAACCUGCUCAACAUGAUGGACUUGCUGCUACCUCGGCAAAGCGCAGCCGGAAGAAUCAGUACAGGGGGAUCCGCCAGCGUCCCUGGGGCAAAUGGGCAGCUGAAAUCCGAGACCCUAGCAAGGGUGUCCGUGUUUGGCUUGGAACUUACAACACCGCUGAGGGGGCAGCUAGGGCAUAUGAUGCUGAAGCCCGCAAGAUCCGUGGCAAGAAAGCGAAAGUCAAUUUUCCUGAUGAAAUGUUGAAUGCUCAGAAGCCCAUCCUGAAGCCAUCUGCUGCCAAUCCAACAAAGCUAGCUCCACCUUCAAAGGCUUGCGCUGAUGAGGCUUUCAAUAAUCCAAACAAUGGAGGCAAUGAUUUGUUUGCGAUGUUUGCCUUCAAUGACAAGAAGGUUUCUGUAAAGCCAUCUGAGAGUGCUGGUUUCCUCCCUCCAGUGAAACCUCUUGUGCCCACGGAGGGAUUUGGGACCAACAUGCUCUCUGACCAGAGCAGCAACUCAUAUGGCUCUUCUGACUUUGGGUGGGACGAUGAGACCAUGACCUCAGACUACACUUCAGCCUUUGCUUCAAAUAAUGCCAUGCCAGCAUAUGGUGAGCCUGCUUACCUGCAAGGUGGAGCGUCAAAGAGAAUGAAGAACAACUAUGGUGUAGCUGUGCCUCAGGGAAAUGCCACGCCCAAUCUCACACAAGACAUGUCUGGUUUUGAUCCUGAGAUGAAGUAUUUGCCAUUGCCUUAUGUUGAGAGCAGCUCGGACGGAUCAAUGGACAAUCUCCUGCAAAACGAUGUUACACAGGAUGGGGCAUGCAACGGAGAUCUCUGGAGCCUUGAUGAGCUGCUUAUGGCAGCUGGUGCUUAUUGAGAGGCCAAGCUUAUGGUCAGUGUGGUGCGUCAACAGCGAAAAAUGUCCCUUGCCUAUGGUGAUGCUGAAGAGCCAGUUGUAUCUGCUACGUUUUGUGGCGGAUUGUACUGUAGCUGCGCUGGAUUAUAUGCUUGUACCAGUUGAACUCUAUGACAAUGUUUAUAGUAUGUUGCUGUAUGGUGUGUCUAUGAUUGGAAGCAUGUUUGAGACCGGUUCAAUAACUACCUUAGCCAUAUGUCUGGUCUAUUGUGCGUAAUGCUUAUUAUGUAUAUGGUGUGUUAUAUACUUAUAUUGCAAAUCUUCGUUCGGAAGUA